AUGAGUACUGUGGCAUCAACCACCGUAUCACCAACAUCCACCACUGGUCCAAUCACAACUGGUCCAUCAACAACCUCAACUCCAUCCACCACAUCAGUGCCUUCGACGACGUCUGUACCAUCGACCACUUCUGAGCCAUCGACAUCAUCAGUGCCAUCGACUACAUCUGAGCCAUCCACCACAUCAGUACCUUCGACAACAUCAGUGCCAUCGACGACAUCAGUACCAUCGACUACAUCAGUACCAUCGACAACAUCAGUUCCAUCAACCACCUCUACUCCAGCUCUUCUUCUCAAAGUGAUUGUCACAGCAUUCAAUGAUUCCAACCAUGAUGGAGUUUACCAAACACUCGAGGGAACAGUGCCAGGAAUUGUACUUACAUUGUCCAAUGGACUUGGUGAAAAGUUGAAUGACUACACAACAACAUCAUCAGGUAUUGUUGAGAUUGAUAACUUGCAACCAGGAAUAUAUUGCCUCCAACUGAAUAGCAACAGUGUUUACUCACUUGGACCAUCUGGCAAUGACAAUCAUUUCGAUGACAAUGGCAAAUACUGCUUCGCCCUAGACGACAUCACAACAAAAGACAAAGUCCUCUCUGUACCAAUUGGAUUGAUCAAUAGUUUCCAGAUUCGUGGCCUAGCCUUUGAGGACCUCAACUUGGAUGGAGCACAUCAGAGCAAUGAGCCAGAAGUUAGUGGUGUAAAUGUUGAUCUUAGGAGAGACAGUCCAACUGGUGCUUUGGUAGACUUUAUUACAACAGAUUCUAGCAAGGGUAGAAACUCAAUUGCAUUCGAUAGUUUGAGGCCUGGAUCAUUCUGUCUCAUAUUCACAGAUCCCAAUGACAACUUUGAAGUUGGUAAACCUGGCGUUGACAACCAAUUCAGUUCAGACAACAGCUAUUGCUUCGUACUCAAUGCAGGCACCGCCAAGAGAGGAGAGCUCAGUGCAUCACUUGGCCUGAAUAGGAAGGUAUUUGGAAUCAGGGGCGACGUGUUCCAAGAUCUUAACAAUAAUAAUUUGAAAGACUCUGGUGAACAAUUACUUCCAAACAUUGUGUUUGAGUUGAGCACUGAUAGUGCCACACCGAAGGUGGUUGAUAGAAAGGUGUCUGGAACAACAGACCCUUCUUACGCCUUCACACAAGUACCCACAGGUCCAUACUGUAUGCAUGCAUUUGAUCCAAACAAUGCCUUUAUAUUCAGCGACCUUGCCAGUCCUUUCAAUCGCAGUGGCUUUUACUGCUUCAGACUCAAUGGUAUCGAUGUCAAUGAUGGAUUCCUUACUCUGGAUGCACCAAUGGUCUCCUCCAUUACAGUUUUAGGAGAUAUGUUCAAUGAUCUUAACAAGGAUGGUGUUCGUCAGAAAGCUGACCCUAGUCUUGGAGGAAUGAAUAUUACUCUGGUCAAUAGAGACUCCAACAAAGUACUUAAUUCAAUCGUCUCCGACACUGGAUCAUACAGGUUUUACGUGGAGAAAGGUAAAUUCUGUAUUAGAAUCAGAGAUCCAAGUGCCAAGUAUGUAGUUGGUCCAACUGGCACUGGCAAUCAAUUCAACAACCAGGGUGAGUUCUGUUUCACUGCCAAUGACAGUGUCCCAGAUAAAGUGAUCACAGCCAAUGGUGGAUGGGUACCCUCUAACAGAAAGAGAGGGCAGCUGCACCUUAGACUCAAUCAAUGA